ACAUGAGACUCUCCCUUUUCUUCAAUGACCGAAACACCUUUCUAAUCCGCAGUUUUAAAGUUUAACAGAGUUUCAAACAAGUGUCUCAUAGAACAAGACCACAAACACACACACACACACACACACACACACACACACACACACACAGCCAACAUGGAUAUGUACCUCACCCCGGCCGCCCGCGCCCUCAAAAUAUCAGAGAUGUCUGCCGUGUACAAAAGGUCCAUACAGACUCUGGCGGAGAAGAUCUCCAAGCAAGUGAAGCACUUCAAUAAGAAGGAGGUGGAGUGCCUCAUCAGAGAGUACAACUUUUUUCAGGGGGAGCCGGGGGCCCACGGCAGAGCGGCCCCCGGCCUGGACCGCUCCAAGUUCAUGAGCAUCCUGCACAACAUCUUCGGCAUGACCGACGACAUGAUCAUGGACGGCGUGUUCCGGACGUUCGACAAGGACUACGACAGCUUUGUGAGCAUGAAGGAGUGGAUCGACGGUCUGUCCGUGUUCCUCCGCGGGACCCUGGAGGAGAAGAUCAAAUACUGCUUCCACGUGUACGACCUGAACGGCGACAACUUCAUCUCCAGGGACGAGAUGAUCAUCAUGCUGUACAACAGCCUCAUCCGGCAGCCCACGGACGAGGACCCGGACGAGGGCAUCAAAGACCUGGUGGACAUCACGCUCAAGAAGAUGGACUACGACCACGACGGCAGGGUGUCCUUCAAGGACUUCAAGAAGGCGGUGAUAGAGGAGAACCUGCUGCUCGAGGCUUUCGGGACCUGCCUGCCCGACACCAAGAGCACCGAGACGUUCGAGCAGCACGUGUUCCAGGAUCAACUGUGACGACGAGGAUCUCGUGUGUCCACCUGCCCUCUGCCACCGCGAAGUUCAUAGAUCCCCUCCACUGCUGAACUGUUUUCUACAGAGCAGUACGACAUGACCCCGCCCCCCCCCUCCCCUCAAAGUCAUCAAUACAAUACCACUUCACCAAUACAAAUAAAAUACCUCAAAUAU